GUCCUGGCCUGCGCAAGCGUUGCGGCAGCCAGUGACUUGAUCGCCAGCAAUCGAAUCAAAGUUCAACUAUUUGCCGCACCCGCCUUCUUCUCCGAGGUCUCCGUGGAUGUGUACGACAAUAAGUGUCUGUCGCUUGACAAUAACUUGAUCGAUGGACGAGUGCAGUCCAUCCUUGUUGGCGGCCACGAUGUCUCCGCCGUGCUGAGCAGAGCUGACUACUGGUAUUGCCAGUUUUUCGACAAUUACGAAUGCAAGAUCCAAAGCGGUGACCAAUACCUGACUUUUGCCGAUGGGGUCAACAAUCUAGCAAGCAUCGGCUGGGGAACAAGAAUCCACAGCUUGCAAUGCUUCAAC